AUGGCCAACGCAGAAGAGAAAGACGAGAUUCACGAUCAGAUCGCCCAGCAGCUUUCACAAACCCCCUUUGCAUGCUCCUCUCUGAGCCGGUUGUCCGGCGGCAAUGCCAAUUUCGUUUAUCGAGGUACCCCCUCUUCAUCCCCGGAUUCCAUUGUCAUUAAGCAUUCGAAAGACUACGCGUCUUCCAAUCGCAAUUUCAAGCUUGAUGCGAAGCGAUGUCACUUCGAAGAUGCUAUCCUCCAAGCACUUGACGGCCUGGCGUCCCACUCCCAGGCAAACAUUACCGUGAAAACACCCCGCGUCUUCUAUUUUGACCGGGAAACCAACACUCAAGUCAUGGAAGAUCUUCCCAAUUCGCUCGAUUUGAAGCAUUUUCUUCUCUCGGAUCUAUCUCAUGGCGUGUCAGAAUCUUCGGCGCAAUCGCUCGGUCGCUCCCUUGGAUCUUGGCUACGUUCAUUUCAUGAUUGGGGCAGCAAAAGUGAACAGGCAGAGUCCAGAUCGUUCUUUGCCCAGAACGCAACGGGGAAAGAUUUGAAAUUCUACAUCUAUUACUCUAUGUUGAUAGAUACAGUCGCGAACUUUCCUGACAUUUUGGAACGGAGUCGUGAUGUUUUUGAAGAAGUUAAAAGUUUCGCGGCUGCGGAGUUAAAGAAAAGUGAUCAGGAGGAGGGGUUUGGAAUUAUUCAUGGUGACUUCUGGACUGGGAAUGUUCUCAUUCCGAAGGCUCCUCUUAUUGAGCAGUCUCAAACGACACUGUUCAUUGUUGACUGGGAACUAUGCCAAAUUGGGAACAGAGCUCUGGAUCUGGCCCAGAUGAUUGCCGAGUUGUACGAAACGAAGCUAUUCAAAGACCUGGAUUGUGGAGUGUGGAUGAUUGAGGGGCUUGCGGAGGGCUAUGGACCUCUGAGUGAGGAGACGGCAUUCCGAACUGCGAUCCAUGUUGGUGUUCACCUUGUUGUCUGGGGAAGUUGCGUUGCUGGAUGGGGGAGCCAGCAGCAGAUCGAGGAGGUUGUGAAGGUGGGCAGAGACUUUAUUGAGCAAGGGUGGAACAAAAACAGAGUAUGGUUCGAAAGAGGUCCUUUAGGAUGUCUUUUUAAGCAAUAA